AUCGGGCCAAAAACGAAAAAACGAACAAACGUUUCACUAAGUGUGUGAUUGAAAAGGAACGACAACUCUGGGUAGAGAUUGACAUAUAUACAUGUUGUCAGUCACGCUUACAACUGUUUCUUGUUGGUUAUUGUCGGUACAUGCCGUCAUGUCGUAAAUUAGGUGCCGCGUAAGAACUGCUCGGAAGAAACAGGGGCCCUUCAAUUCGUUCCAAAUGUCUUUUCAGGGAAUCCCGUGGAUACUAUAUGAAGAGGACAGCACUAGGUUCUGGGUUCAUUACGGUCUGGUCAUUCUAGGAUUUGUUCUGGCAGUCGUUACAGCAGUGGUACAGUGGAUAAAUCCAGCCCCCUACGGCAAACAUGAAAACAAAGAUUUGAACUGGGGUCCAAUGAUUCCGCAGCGCUUGGGACACAUUCUGUCUGAUGCCACACCUGGUGUUCUACUAUUCCUGCUGGUAUUCUUUCUGUAUGGAGGUGUAAGACGCUAUACCAACUAUGUAUUUUUAGCCAUGUUCCUUUGUCACUACGUGCAACGUGGUAUUAUUCACCCACUGAUUAUGAACUACAGGAGUGCCAAGGUGCCUAUUGGGAUAACUCUAGGAGGGUUUUUCCCAAACUGUAUUUACCAUUUCAUCAAUGCUGAUUUUGUUGGGUCUGCUGUUUUCAACAUGGAUUACUUUUAUGAUCCAAGGUUCAUCAUUGGAAUACUGCUAUUCUUGUCCGGCUUCAUCAUCAACCGCUGGGCUGACUGGAAACUCAAGUCACUCCGCAACACUAAAGGUGAAGAUUGUAAUCUUGAAGACGGCUGUAAUGGUUAUUACAUUCCGUAUGGCGGACUGUUUGAGCUGGUCACCUGUCCUAAUUACUUCGGGGAACUCGUAGAAUGGCUGGGAUGGGCGAUAGCUACAUGGUCACUACCAGGACUAGUGUGGUGCCUGUUCUCUGCUGCCACGUUUGUCCCUCGUUCUCAGCAUAACCACAAAUGGUACAAACAGCAGUUUGAGUUAUACCCCAGAAACAGGAAGGCUUUGAUACCAUACAUAUUUUGAAGACAGCCGUUAACAUAAAAAUACUCUUGUGAAUGUUUGGCAACUGGCCCAAAGACAAAGGGAAAGAUAACUCAGGGAACAUCCUUAUUUUGACAUUAGACUUAAGUUGAUGAUAUUAGUAGAUUAUUGCAAUAUAUACUGUACCUAAUUAAGUAAGUGGUGUUAGUGGAUUAUAACAUUUAUACACCUAAUUAUUUAUAUGUUAGUUGAUUAUUACAUUCAUACAACUUAUGAUGUUAGUUGAUUAUAACAUUUAUACACCUGAAUAUGUAAAUGAUGUUAGUUGAU